AUGAAGCUCUUUUGUUCAGCCUUAAUUCUAUGUGUAGUUACCCUGAAAUCUUUAUCAACCUGCAAUUUCGAAUUCUCAUACAAUCAUCUUUCACUCUUCGUGUUGUUCAACGCCAUAAUAGUUUCUGUUAUCUUUGUAAGCCAUAAACAAUCCAUAGAUGAAUCCGAUGGAGACUGCUCAGUGUCUGAAGUGGGGGCUUCCUUCGAUCAAACUGAACGUAGUGAUAUUGUUGAUGUCUACAAAGAUGAUACGGAUAUUUCAAGUGGCUAUUGUGAAGACGAUGAUCAUGAAAACAACAAUGACUGCAGUUGUUAUGGUGGAGAAGAAGAAUAUGGUGAUGAUUUACACCAAAGAAUUGAAGACUUCAUUGCUAAGGUCAAUAAUGGAUGGAGAGAGGAGUGCUUAAGCGAGAACGAUCGUGAACGACCAUGGAUGGGGUAA